AUGGACUCGCCCUUGACCCAGCUGUUGAGGCCGGAUUCAUUCGAGCCCAAGAUUGUUCAACUAUAUCUUCACUUGUUCAAUGUGCUUGCCAAUGAUGACGGUGAUGAUGUUGUUCCUUCCGAAGGCUUUUGGCGGGAAUUCUUCCUGCUCAAGCCUGACAAGCAAAGGCUGUAUGAUAUCCUCGCGCCCAUGACCGCUUUUGACCUCCUCCAACUUCAAUCUCAGACACAAGCCUUCUUCAACCGGGCUGUGAUGGAAGCAGGGUCGGGCAUCGCCCCUGGGAGCGAAAACGCGCUCGAGAAUUUGACCGCAUUCCUAUGCGCUGUUUUCACCAAAAAGUAUACCAACCCGAAUACCGAUGUGAUCGAAGUGCUUGCCGGUCUGGACUCCAUUGACCGGUUGAUGUCCGAUCUGGUCCAGACUCUCGAGUCAAUCAUCCGACAGGGAGAUAAUGAAACAAUCCGCAGGAGUGCCUUGCAUGCGACGCUUGCGUUAGUAGCAGGAGGUUUUCACACCAGCCUUGUCUCCUAUUUCAUGCAUAGAGACCUCUUUUCGGCAUUGAUGAAGUAUAUCCAUGAUGUCCAAACCAAUCCCGCUGACGGGCUCGAUGCUGCUGUUGUCAUUGGGAUUUUGUCCAGUUACAACAAGUUCGAGUCGCAGAACGUCUAUCACAAUCGAUUGGCAGAUUUUGUCAACGAGGACAGCAUCAAGCUUCUUGUCGACAAAUUUGCCACGGCAUGCGUAGAGAUUCGUGAUCAAUAUGUCGCUGUUCAGGAUGACUAUCCCGCUUCGUGGAGUAUCAGCAAUACUCUUGCUAUGGUGGGAUUCCGGGGUUUGUCAAGCAAUGCCAAAAAGCCUUUGCCACCGUCCGAGGAAGAUGCAAAACGGUUGUUUGCCUCUCUUCCAAAGAAGACUGCAGCUUGUCUCUUGUCUUUGUAUUCAUUUGUCUCAGCGAACAAACUGUUUGCUGCCAAUCUGGUCAACGUGCCAGCGCAUAAGGAUAAAGAGACGCCACUCGCUGCUUUCUUGUCCUCAACAUCUUAUGUCUCACACCACGCCUACCGUGGGCCCCGACAAUCGACAUAUGCGACGCUCAGCCUCCUAUCCAUCAGAAUCCUGGUGGAGGACUCGGUCCUGGUGAAACGCAUAUGUUCGGCAGAUUCGAAGACAGUGGUCCGGUUAUGUCGGCAAAGGCCUCCGCAUCUGCCUCUGAUCACUUCUUCAAGAGUUCCAGCAGCGGCAAUACUGGAUAUCUGUACUGACACACUUAGUCACAACUUACGCAAGAGGCUGGAUGUCCACUUGUAUGGGCUUGCCUUGGGCAUCAUGCUGAGAAUCGUCACCUACCUCGAACAAAGCAAGACCCGUCUGCACCAUCAUUGGGCGUACAUAUGGGGUUCACUCCUCUCGUUGAUGCGGUUUUUGACACAGUAUUCGGAGGAUCUCAGGCAUUUGAGGGGAGUUCGGGAGGAAUUGUGUGGCACGCUGGCAAGUUUGGCGGCGUUCUGCCUGUCCAAGGGUGAUUCGUUUCUGCCGGACCCAGCCAGCUUCGACGACCUUUUUUAUAAAUUGAUUGAGGCAAAUGAUGUGCUGCCCCGGUUCAAGCAGGCUUACUGUGAUCGGUCACCGCAGUCAGAUGUGCUGAACGCCUCAGUUGAUGCGCUAAUCAACGUGUCGUCCCAUUAUCACGGCCUGCUGAAUGCCAGACAAGGCAAGAAGACUCAUCAGUCUCCAGCUGCAAUUCAGAAGGUGAUCAAAGAAGGCUAUGAGACACUAAGUCUGGAGAGUGACGAAGGGGUUGGACACUGGGAAAGGUGGCGUGAAACCAACUGGAAGUCGGAGCUGAAGAAAAUGAUCAGAAUCACAGUUGAAGACUCCAGGCUGCUGUCCCUAAAGAGGUAG